AACUUGAGACAUGCUUCACAAGGCUACACUUCAAAAUCAUGGGCAAACUGUCAAUCUUUUUGUUUGUUCUUUCAUUUUACACCAUUGUCAACGUAGGUUCAGGAUCACAUUCUCUGUGGGCACUUGCAACAUACAUAAUCGGAGAGACACCUUUCCCUGAGUUUACAGUUGUGUUGAUGUUGGAUGAUGUUCAAAUAGGUUACUAUGACUCCAACAUUAAACAGUCUGUCUACAGGGGUUACCAUAUUACAGACCAAAUGAAUGACGAAGCUCAGGAUGGAACUUACGUACUUGGAACUAUGUACCACCACAUGAAAGAGAGAUCAUUUCGCCUAAAGCACCACUUAAAUCUCACGGAAGGUGUUCAUGUUCAGCAAAGAAUCGGUGGCUGUGAGAUGCUGCACAAUGGUGAACCAGCCCUGAUCAUGACAAAGAACUCUUUUAAUGGAAUUUUUGCAGAUUAUGCGGUAUAUUACAACAUGACACAUUUUACAUAUGAUUCUGGGCAACUCCUACUAGGAUAUAAUUGGAUGAGGCAAGCAACUGAAAGAACACUUUAUGCUAAUGUUUGGCUUCCUAUUUGCAUCAACACACUGAAAAAAUGCCUGAACAGAGAGAAGAACUUUGUGAUGCGGAGAGUGCCUCCCAGACUCAGGUUGAUAAAGAAAGAGGUUUCUGGAGACCUCCAGGUGAUCUGCCUGGCGUUUGGUUUCUACCCCCGCCACAUCAACUUGACCCUGCUGAGAGAUGGCCAUCCAGUGGCAGAACAGGAUCUGACAGGGGGGGAGGUUCUGCCUAGUGGAGACGGGACCUACCAGCUGAGGAAGAGUAUAUAUGUCAGUACUGAGGAGCUAAGGGAGAAACACAACUACACCUGCACUGCCUCUCACCUCAGUCUGAACAACAAGCUGGAUGUCAUUUGGGAGUCUGGGGCAGAGAGACUUCACCUAUCCAUCCUCUCAGGUCCACUGGUGAUGGCGCUGAUUGUUAUUCUGUUCUGCAUUUUAAUUUGCCUCGCAAGGAGGAUACGCGCCGCAUCGCAGAAUUUGUUGCAACGAGCCAGCAUUGAUGCAUUAGAGGCAGAUGAAAGGAAGCUGUCAUCAGAUUCUGAGAUCUAAUAUUUUGGGGGACACUGAUGCAACUUUGUCAAUUCACAAUGACACCUAUGACUAUGAGAGCAGACACAAAAUGUGCCAAUCAUUAUUUUAUUAUUGGUUGAUUUCCCAACCCCACAACAAACAACUAUUAAAGGAUCAAGUUGUGGAGACUGUUGAAAAUUACAAAUAUCUGGGCAUUGGUCCAGAUUUGCAUGUAUAUAUUUUACAUUAACAAAAGUAAUCUUUUAAUCAUUAUUUCAAAUCAUGAUUUUUCAUUAAUUACACAAUACACUUUAUAUCUGUUGUAUUUCCUGAUAUCCAGUAUCUAAACCAGGAGACAGUGGUGUGUAUUCAUGGGUGCCAAGGGAAGCCGGGCAUCCCCAAAGAAUUUACAAAGAAAAAAACAUUCAAUCAUUUAUAUUUCGUCUCUCUGUGUUUCAUUUUUUUUUUCAGUUCUUAAUUUGAUGAAUGUAUCUCACCAGAGAAAUCAUCCGAGCGAGCAAAACAGCCCCUCUCUAUAUCUAUUUCUAUAUAAAAAUAAAAAAUAAAUAUAUGUUUGUGUAGUCCAUCUAUCUAAUGCUGUCUGGUCAAAAGAGUAUAAUAUUGUUGCCACCAAUAACAUUGAACACAAUUCAGUGCCGGGUUGUUUAGCAAGGAUACUGCAGGAGUCUCUAUGGAUUCGACAGACCCUUCCACCGGUGCAAACAAAAGACUGGAGCCACGCGCUCGCUACUGUGCCGCAUCUUGAGAGUUUCAUCUGCCAGGGUCUAUACACUGUGACAUUUUCUUUCAAGAACGUUUACUCUUAAAUUCGGUUGAUUUAAGACUAAAAUUAACAAGGAUGAGUUUUGUCUGAUAUCUGCCCAUGACGGUGACUUUAGUUUAAACGUGUAAAAGUAUUUAGUCAGCCGCCACCAAUUGUGCAAGUUCUCCCACUUAAAAAGAUGAGAGAGGCCUGUAAUUUAUCAUAUGUACACUUCAACUAUGACAGACAAAAUGAGAAGGAAAAAAUCCAGAAAAUCACAUUGUAGGAUUAUUUUAUGAAUUUAUCUGCAAAUUAAGGUGGAAAAUAAGUAUUUGGUCAAUAACAAAAGUUUCUCUCAUUACUUUGUUAUAUACCCUUUGUUGGCAAUGAGAGGUCAAACGUUUUCUGUAAGUCUUCACAAGGUUUUCACACACUGUUGCUGGUAUUUUGGCCCAUUCCUCCAUGCAGAUCUCCUCUAGAGCACUGAUGUUUUGGGGCUGUUGCUCACGAUACAUGGCCCCAUUCAUUCUUUCCUUUACGCGGAUCAGUCGUCCUGGUCCCUUUGCAGAAAAACAGCCCCAAAGCAUGAUGUUUCCACCCCCAUUCUUCACAGUAGGUAUAGUGUUCUUUGGAUGCAACUCAGCAUUCUUUGUCCUCCAAACACGACGAGUUGAGUUUUUACCAAAAAGUUAUAUUUUGGUUUCAUCUGACCAUAUGACAUUCUCCCAAUCUUCUUCUGGAUCAUCCAAAUGCUCUCUAGCAAACUUCAGACGGGCCUGGACAUGUACUGGCUUAAGCAGGGGGACACGUCUGGCACUGCAGGAUUUGAGUCCCUGGCGGCGUAGUGUGUUACUGAUGGUAGGCUUUGUUACUUUGGUCCCAGCUCUCAGCAGGUAAUUCACUAGGUCCCCCUGUGUGGUUCUGGGAUUUUUGCUCACCGUUCUUGUGAUUAUUUCGACCCCACGGGGUGAGAUCUUGCGUGGAGCCCCAGAUCGAGGGAGAUUAUCAGUGGUAUGUCUUCCAUUCCCUAAUAAUUGCUCCCACAGUUGAUUUCUUCAAACCAAGCUGCUUACCUCUUGCAGAUUCAGUCUUCCCAGCCUGGUGCAGGUCUACAAUUUUGUUUCUGGUGUCCUUUGACAGCUCUUUGGUCUUGGCCAUAGUGGAGUUUGGAGUGUGACUGUUUGAGGUUGUGGACAGGUGUCUUUUAUACUGAUAACAAGUUCAAACAUGUGCCAUUAAUACAGGUAACGAGUGGAGGACAGAGGAGCCUCUUAAAGAAGAAGUUACAGGUCUGUGAGAGCCAGAAAUCUUGCUUGUUUGUAGGUGACCAAAUACUUAUUUUCCACCAUAAUUUGCAAAUAAAUUCAUUUAAAAUCCUACAAUGUGAUUUUCUGGAUUUUUUCCCCCUCGUUUUGUCUGUCAUAGUUGAAGUGUACCUAUGAUGAAAAUUACAGGCCUCAUCUUUUUAAGUGGGAGAACUUGCACAAUUGGUGGCUGACUAAAUAGUUUUUUGCCCCACUGUAUAUAGCCAAGCUAUCAUUGACUUGGUACUGGUACCCCAUGUAUAUAGCCAAGCUAUCAUUGACUUGGUACUGGUACCCCAUGUAUAUAGCCAAGCUAUCAUUGACUUGAUACUGGUACCCCAUGUAUAUAGCCAAGCUAUCAUUGACUUGAUACUGGUACCCCAUGUAUAUAGCCAAGCUAUCAUUGACUUGAUACUGGUACCCCAUGUAUAUAGCCAAGCUAUCAUUGACUUGAUACUGGUACCUCAUGUAUAUAGCCAAGCUAUCAUUGCUUAUUGUGUAUUUAUUCCUCGUGUUACUAUUUUUGUUUCUAUUAAUAUUAUUUAAUUUGUUAUUGUAUUCUGUGUGGAAGGGCCCGUAUGUAAACAUUUCACUUUUAGUGUACACCUGUUUUUUAUUACAAUUAAAAUGUGAUUUGAUUGUGUUCCACCCCCACAAAAGAAACGAAAGGAACAAACACCCGCUGACCUGCUGGAUGCUGGUAGAGCUAAAUCAAGCACACUUCAGUGUUCAGCAUGUACUUUGGUCCACUUUUGGUUCCACGUGCACAAUCACCCAAACAUUUUGUGUCAAGUGUAGUUAAUUGCUAUUGUCUCCAAGUGCUACCUGUUAGUGGCAGGGCUUUCCUGUUUAUUUAUCCAGGGUUUCUCUGUCCAGCAUAUCUCAUUUUUAUGUGUAAUUAGUUGGUGUGCACUGGGAGGAUGAGAGUGAUGACAGUGUGGCCUAGUCCAAAUUCAGUGGAACAAGUUGGUGCCUGCCAAUUUCCCUAUAGAUCCGCUCUCCUUCUCUCUGGGUACGCUGUCCUCAAUUAUUUGUAAUCCUUGAUAUUUAUUGCAAAACUAACAUUGAAUAUUAUUAUUGGAUAGCUUAUUGUAUGAGCGACAGCACUGAAGAUGAUGUUUGAUAUGUGUUAAGGAAUUUCUGUUAAUGACUUAAUAAAGACAACCUGUUGCUAACUCACUACACUACUGACAUGGUAUGGCUGCAGUUCCACUGCCUAUACACAGGAGGGAGCAGAAGCAUGCCAAUCAGAGAGUCUCUCUCUCUCUUUCAAUUCAAUGGGCUUUAUUGGCAUGGGAAACAUAUGUUGCAAGUGAAAUAUAUAAUAAACCAAAGUGAAAUAAAGAAUGAACAGAAAACAUUACUCACAAAAGUUCAGAAAGAAUAAAUACAUCAAAUGUCAUUAUGUCUAUAUAAAGUGUUGUAACGAUUUUCAAAUAGUUAAAGUACAAAAGUAAAAAAUAAAUAAAUAUGGGUUGUA